ACUCAUGCGCCCAUCUCACUGCAAAUCCACUCUUAUUUACUCAUCAAACUCUUCGUUAAACUCUGCGAUGCGCUAAAGAUUCCAUUACACAAUUUAUAUUUUGUAUUUCUGUAAGACCGUGAGAGGCUUUCCCCACAGCUUGAGGCCACUACGUAGCAAUAAUUUUACCUGUUACCCAAGGUUCCUUUCUGAUUAUUAAACAAGAAUUGACAACGUACCCCCCAAAAUAAAAGUAUAGAAGCAUUUGAUUCCUCUGUUACUUUUAAUUUUGUAUGGAGUUAACUACAAGUUAUCAGUAUCCAUAGUAUAAUACUACUAGUAGUUCUUUUCUCUGUCUCUCUGUAUAUUUGUCUCCUUUGUUCUUUAACUAAAAGGAAAAAGUUUUAUACUAAUUACAAUGUGAGCUUUUUGUCUGCCUUGUAAUAAAUUGUUCAAGUUGUAAACUUGGAUACUAACUUUCAAGAACCAUGACAAGGAUUAUGGUCGUCUUAUUUCUCAUUAUCUUUCUUUUACUGCUUGAAUGUUCAUCAGCCUCAGCAAAUCCUACUGCAAAGAUUGUUGGUGGGGUUGUUGCUAAUGUUGCAUCUGUGGUAUUUAAAUGGGCGUGGUCACUAAAACCAACGACAAAAACAGCUGUUUCUAGCCGUUCUAUGAUAAAGUUUGAGAGUGGAUACAUUGUUGAAACUGUGUUUGAUGGAAGCAAGCUGGGAAUUGUACCUUAUUCAGUGGAAGUUUCUUCAACUGGAGAAGUUCUUAUUUUGGACUCUGAGAACAGUAAUAUUUACAGGGUUUCAACCCCAUUGUCUCGAUACAGCCGUCCAAAGUUGGUUGCUGGAUCUCCUGAAGGGUACUCGGGACAUGUGGAUGGGAGGCUACGAGAAGCAAGGAUGGACCAUCCUAAAGGACUUACCAUGGAUAAUCAAGGAAAUAUAUAUGUUGCAGAUACCGUGAAUAUGGCAAUCAGAAAAAUCAGUGAUGCUGGAGUUGUAACUAUUGCUGGAGGCAUGUCAGUCCGAGGAGGAGGUCAUCUUGAUGGGCCAAGUGAAGAUGCAAAAUUUUCCGAUGACUUCGAUGUGGUUUACGUUGGAAGCAGCUGCUCACUUUUAGUUAUAGACAGAGGAAACCAGGCAAUUAGAGAGAUACAGCUCAAUGAUGAUGACUGUUCGCCCCAGUUUGACGACAACAAUCUCCAACUUGGUGUGGCACUGCUUUGUUCUGCUGUAUUUUUUGGUUACAUGCUGGCGUUGUUACAACGUAGAAUUGGAGCCCUUCUUUCAUCGAACAGUAACGAUCAGCGGGAUCCUGUCAGGGGCAUGAAACAUGCACCAUAUCAGAGAAAUAUGAAGUCAGUGAGGCCUCCCUUAAUUCCAUCAGAAGACGAAUACGAGAAAGAGGAUGAAAACCUGUUUGUAUCUCUAGGAAGGCUUGUUAUGAAUACAGGUUCUACUGUGGUCGAAAUAUUUGGAGGAAUGUUCUCGGGUUUUAGAAAGAGCCCUUACCCCCAACAUGUCCAGCAGCAUUACCAUUACUCUCACAAACAAUCAAGUGCAUGGCCAAUGCAAGAAAGCUAUGCAAUUCGAGAUGAAGACGAGGCACCAUCCCUAGACACCAGAGACCCUACACCCCGAAAAACCUAUCCAAUCAUGAACAAAGACACGGAGAAAGCACGACAUAUGAGACAAAGUCAAUUGCAUUAUGGUGGACGGAGUAGCAAUGCACAUGGGCACGGCAACUUUCAACAACAGCAGCAACAGUAUCUGCCUCAAGUGUAUCAGCACCACGACAAGCACCAGUCAUCAAGUCCUCAGACAUACUAUGAGCAAAGCUGUGAAACGAAGGAAAUUGUGUUUGGAGCUGUUCAAGAACAGGAUGGACGACGUGAGACAAUGGUGAUAAAAGCCGUUGAUUAUGGGGAUCCUGCUUAUAAUAGUCACAACGUUCGAUCCAGGUACAACUACAACUCAGGUUACUCGUUUGGAUAUUGAAUAAAAUUACAUCAUGCUAAUGGAGAAAAAUAUCAACUUGAACUCUUUCUGGAUUUCGCUUCUUGUAUCUUUCAUAGGAAAAUCAAUAUGAUCGUAGAAAGUAGCACAAACAAAGUUUAUGAAUUCUGGAUUUCAUUUGUAAUCCAUAACUUGUAGUGAAUCUUUUUGAGUAGCA